AUGGAUUUGAAACUCUUGGCGGUUAUGUCUGUGCUUGCUGUGGCGACAUACGUUCCUUUCGCACAAGCUAAGCCCAUCAGUAUGAUGGAGAGGUGCUGGUGUCGUUCUACAGUUAACACCGUCCCCCAGCGCAACAUCCGAGAACUGAAGUUCCUACACACACCCAACUGCCCCUUCCAAGUGAUUGCCAAGCUGAAGAACCACAAGGAGGUGUGUAUCAACCCCGAGACCAAGUGGCUGCAGCAGUACCUGAAGAAUGCCCUCAACAAGAUGAAGAAAGCCAAGCAGACCAACUAG